CCCCAGCCAUGUCGGCCGAGGAGAUGGUGCAGAUCCGCCUGGAGGACCGCUGCUACCCGGUGAGCAAGAGGAAGCUCAUCGAGCAGAGCGACUACUUCCGCGCCCUCUACCGCUCCGGCAUGCGCGAGGCCUUGAGCCAGGAGCCCGGCGGCCCCGAGGUGCAGCAGCUGCGCGGCCUCAGCGCCCCGGGCCUGCGGCUGGUGCUGGACUUCAUCAACGCUGGCGGAGCCCGCGAAGGCUGGCUCCUGGGCCCACGGGGGGAGAAGGGCGGGGGAGUGGAGGAGGAGGAAGACAUGGACGAGGUGAGCCUGCUGUCCGAGCUUGUGGAAGCGGCUUCUUUCCUGCAAGUCACGUCCUUGCUGCAGCUGCUGUUGUCUCAGGUGCGGCUCAACAACUGCCUGGAGAUGUACCGCCUGGCGCAGGUGUACGGGCUGCCUGACCUGCAGGAGGCCUGUCUGCGCUUCAUGGUCAUCCACUUUCACGAGGUGCUGUGCAAGCCCCAGUUCCACCUCCUAGGCUCUCCUCCCCAAACCCCAGGGGACGUCAGCCUAAAGCAGAGGCUUAGAGAGGCUCGGAUGACUGGAACUCCAGUCCUUGUGGCCCUAGGGGACUUCUUAGGGGGACCUCUGGCCCCUCAUCCUUACCAGGGUGAGCCCCCAUCCAUGCUCAGAUACGAGGAGAUGACUGAACGUUGGUUCCCGCUGGCCAACAACCUUCCUCCCGACCUGGUGAACGUCAGGGGGUACGGGUCUGCCAUCUUAGACAACUACCUCUUCAUAGUGGGCGGGUACAGGAUCACAAGCCAGGAGAUCUCCGCCGCACAUUCCUAUAACCCCAGCACAAAUGAGUGGCUCCAGGUGGCCUCCAUGAACCAGAAGAGGUCCAACUUCAAACUUGUGGCUGUUAAUUCAAAACUUUAUGCCAUUGGUGGGCAGUCUGUUUCUAACGUUGAAUGUUACAAUCCAGAGCAGGAUGCAUGGAAUUUUGUGGCACCCUUACCGAAUCCUCUGGCUGAGUUUUCUGCGUGUGAAUGUAAGGGGAAAAUUUAUGUGAUUGGAGGAUAUACUACCAGAGACCGAAACAUGAACGUUUUGCAGUAUUGCCCGUCUUCUGACAUCUGGACACUUUUUGAAACAUGUGAUGUCCACAUUCGCAAGCAGCAGAUGGUGUCUGUGGAAGAGACCAUCUACAUCGUGGGCGGGUGUCUGCAUGAACUGGGGCCCAACCGGAGGAGCAGCCAGAGUGAGGACAUGCUCACCGUGCAGUCCUACAACACCAUCACCCGGCAGUGGCUCUACCUCAAGGAGAACACAUCCAAAUCAGGGCUUAACUUGACUUGCGCACUCCAUAACGAUGGCAUCUACAUCAUGAGCAGGGAUGUUACCUUAUCAACCAGCCUGGAACAUCGUGUUUUCCUUAAGUACAACAUCUUUUCAGAUAGUUGGGAAGCAUUUAGGCGUUUCCCAGCCUUUGGACAUAACUUACUGGUUUCUUCUCUUUAUCUGCCCAAUAAAACAGAAACAUGACUGAACUCAUUUAGUA